AUGGACCGGGCCGGCCCGUGGCCCGACAUGAGACGGGCUUGGCUCGAGCCCGCUCCAAGCACGGCACGAGCCCGAGCCCGCUUAAAUCAUCUACUGCAUUUUAUCACUACCGUACCAAGUUGGAACAGCAACAUCAUAAAAACUCAAAACAUGUGUUGGAGGCAUCUAAAUAGCUUGAGAACGAUCAGCAAGGACCAAUUCUUUUGCGUUGUUACUGUUGCGAUACUGGCGGCUUACGAGUUCCGUCAAUUGGUUCUUCUUAGGUUGGGUGUUGCCCUGAUUUUUAAAGAAGUCAUCUUGUUAAGUGGAAUUCAUAGUCUAUUUCCAUUCAGGUUGGUUAGAGCUGCUCGUGCAAAGGGUGCAAACAUCAUUCUUAUACAGAGUUAUAUUGCGAAGUUCAACGUGAGCCUAAAAGGUGGAGAGCGAGAAGCAUUGAACUUUUUGAGGGACAUUACUUCUGUCAGACACAAAGGGAGGACUUCUUUCAACGAGAAAAGCCUUACAAAGAUCAUCCAACAAUUCUUAGGUGAAAGCAUUGGGAAAUACCAACGUUCUGAGGAUUAUAUUGAUUUUGGUGAGCUUUAUGAUAAUAAUUUUGAACAUCUUAAUCCUGAUGACAUGCCUAAUAAUGAGAAUAACUUAACCUCUAACGAUGUGGAGCAACCUAUGCAUGCUAAUAUGCCUCUCGAAUCAAACACUCAAGAAGAAAACAUUGAUCAAACUGAGAAGACAUUCAAUGAUACUUAUUUGUUGUAUGAGAAGAAAUAUAGUGUUGGUACAAUAGCUACACAAACUGCUCCAACUGUUCAUUUAUUUGGUUCAUCUUCAUCUAGUAGUGCAGCUAUUUUUGGUAUGCUUGCUAGCAAAGGAAAACAAAAGAGUGUAAUAAGUUCUCGUACUGAAGUUUUUAAGUAUUUGGAUACUGAAUUUGUUAAAUUUAUGACUAAGGAAGAAAGAAAUAAUUUCAAUAUUUUGGAUUGGUGGAAAGCACAUGAAAAGAACUUUCCUGUGCUUUCCAUUAUGGCAUGUGAUGUACUAACAACUCCGGUGUCCACAGUAGCUUCGGAGUCUGCUUUUAGUGCAGGUGGUCGUGUGCUGGACGAAAAGAGGACGAGGCUUACUCCUCAAAUAUGCGAGGCACUUAUGUGUUUGAAGGAUUGGGAAGAUGCUGAUUUUCGAACUCAAAGUUUUGUAGAUGAAGAUCUCUCAUAUUUUGAAGAUGACAGCACAAGUUCCCUUAAUGAAUUCCACUUCUUCAAUCACAAAUUUGCUUGCUUUCUUUUCUGUUUUUCCAGUCGUUUCUCAUUUUCUUCAGCCACUGAUCCACCCAAUCUUUUCAGCUCUCUCUUCCUUUCUUCUGCCCUGGUUUUUGGUAGCUCGGACUUCGAAGGGAAGGAACUGAAGGAUUAA